CACUUUAUUUUGUUGGCGAUUUCCACGGUGCCAUGGCUGAUGUCAGCGACUCGUCCUCAUCGGACGUGGCGAACCGAUUCGCCCGGAAAGGGGCGUUGAGGCAGAAGAACGUCCACGAAGUGAAGAACCACAAAUUUACCGCGAGGUUUUUCAAGCAGCCGACUUUCUGCAGCCACUGCACCGACUUCAUCUGGGGCUUUGGAAAGCAGGGAUUCCAGUGCCAAGUGUGCUGUUUUGUGGUCCACAAGCGCUGCCAUGAGUUCGUCACAUUCUCCUGCCCCGGAGCGGACAAAGGACCCGACACAGAUGAUCCGAGAAGCAAGCACAAAUUUAAGAUCCACACGUAUGGCAGCCCGACGUUUUGUGAUCACUGCGGCUCGCUACUGUAUGGCCUCAUCCACCAGGGCAUGAAAUGCGAUACAUGCGACAUGAACGUCCAUAAGCAGUGUGUCCUCAAUGUGCCAAGCCUGUGCGGGACAGACCACACGGAACGGCGGGGGCGAAUCUUCCUGAAGAUUGAAGUGAGAGGAGAAGAACUACAUGUUACAGUGGGCGAGGCUAGGAACCUUAUCCCGAUGGACCCCAAUGGCUUGUCCGACCCGUACGUGAAGCUCAAGCUCAUCCCCGACCCGAAAAACGAGACCAAGCAGAAGACCAGGACUAUCCGCUCCUCGCUCAACCCCACCUGGAACGAGUCCUUCAACUUUAAACUGAAACCCACAGAUAAGGACCGCAGGCUUUCAGUGGAGGUUUGGGAUUGGGACAGAACCACCAGGAAUGACUUCAUGGGUUCUAUGUCCUUUGGCGUAUCUGAGCUUAUAAAGUGUCCAGCAUGUGGCUGGUUUAAAAUGUUGAAUGAGGAAGAGGGCGAGUAUUACAACGUGCCCAUCUCAGAAGAAGAUGACGGGAACGUGGAGCUCAGGGAGAAGUUUGAGAAAGCCAAGUUUGGUCCUGGUAAGAAGGCUGCCACCCCUAUUGAUGACAACAGGACCAGUUUGCCCUCCACUAAUUUGGACCAUGUUAGGCUCACCGACUUUAACUUUCUGGCCGUGUUGGGGAAGGGGAGCUUCGGGAAGGUGAUGCUAGCAGAAAUGAAGAACACAGAAGAACUGUAUGCGAUAAAGAUUCUAAAGAAAGAUGUCGUGAUCCAGGACGAUGAUGUGGAGUGCACCAUGGUGGAGAAAAGGGUGUUGGCACAACAGGACAAACCCCCGUUUCUUACCCAGCUUCACUCCUGCUUCCAGACUGUGGACCGUCUGUAUUUUGUGAUGGAGUACGUCAAUGGUGGAGAUCUCAUGUAUCACAUUCAGCAAGUGGGCAAAUUUAAGGAGCCUCAGGCAGUGUUUUACGCAGCAGAGAUCGCUGUCGGGCUGUUCUUCUUGCACAAGAAGGGAAUAAUAUACAGAGACCUGAAACUGGACAAUGUGAUGCUGGACGCUGAGGGACACAUCAAGAUUGCAGACUUUGGCAUGUGUAAGGAGAGCAUAUAUGAUGGGGUAUCAACACGCACAUUCUGUGGAACACCCGACUACAUCGCACCAGAGAUCAUUGCGUACCAGCCAUACGGGCGCUCUGUGGAUUGGUGGGCAUACGGUGUACUGCUAUACGAGAUGCUGGCUGGACAGCCACCUUUCGACGGUGAAGACGAGGACGAGCUCUUCCAGUCCAUCAUGGAGCACAACGUGUCCUACCCUAAAUCCUUGUCCAAAGAAGCCGUGUCCAUCUGCAAAGGGCUAAUGACAAAGCACCCUUCCAAGCGUCUAGGCUGUGGAUCAGAGGGGGAUCGGGACGUGCGUGAGCAUGCGUUCUUCCGCCGCAUCGACUGGGAGCGACUGGAGAACAGAGAGGUUCAGCCUCCAUUCAAGCCCAAAGUGUGUGGGAAAGGUGCUGAAAACUUCGACAAGUUCUUCACGCGCACACAGCCUCAGCUCACUCCUCCAGAUGAGCUCGUCAUCGCAAACAUUGACCAGUCCGAGUUUGACGGCUUCUCCUUCAUCAACCCGCAGUUUAUCCACCCGUCCCUCACCAACAGCGUAUGAAUGUGGAUCGAGGCUCCCUUUAAGAGUAACUCCAUCUACACAAUGCCCAAAUGACUUAUGCUUAGUCUUUUUCCCAAAAUAUUGUUACUUCAAAUCCAACAAUUCUCUAUUACUUUCUCUUUUCUAGGAUUUUUUAAUUAUUCUGUCCAUCAUUUUAGUUGUAGGCCAGUCCAAGAGUUCCUACUAAAAGCACUUGGCUUGUUGCUGUCGAGUACGGAUGUUUUUACUAUAAACUUAUCACUUUAAUAUCAUGAAGGAAUGAGAUAUGAGGCUGUGUUGGUUCACGCUUUUUUAUUACUUGAAAUGAACCCCUGUAACACUUGUGCUUUCUAGUGGUUAUAGUGUUCUCCAAACCAGGUUUCCCCAAAUACAAAGCAUAUUGUAGGGUUCUAUUAGACUAAUUCUUUUCACCACUGACAUGUCAGUUACCAGUUUUGUUGACUAGCACUUGCGCUAUUUGUUUUUUUCUUCAAGAGUUCUGAUUGACCCUCGUUUCUAGAGCUAGAUUAUGGAAUUAUCCAAUUUUGGAUCAGGUUUUAUCAGACCUAAUACUUAUCACCACUGGCACAAAUAUUAUUUACUGGUCUUGCUGACUAGCAUAUGCUCCGAAGUGUGAUUGACCCAAGAACUCUGAUUGACGCUUAAUCGAUCUUUAUUUUGGAAGUGGUGCGACCAUCCAAAAUUAGAACAUUAUAUCUGAUCAUUAAUAGAAAACAUACAAUAGGUUUGUUUUCAAUUAUUUAAGCCUAUACUUAUGGUACCAAUAAAUGAAAGCCAAUUGUUGACACAGAAGCUAAACCAGGUAGUACUGCACCUGAGAAAACCUCACAGACAAGAUGGAGAAUUAGCUUAUGAACUGAAUGACAGGCAGGCAGGCUGAAUGGUAUUUUAGUAUUCCUGUGGACAGUUUAAUAGAUACAUUUUAUCGUUUGUUUUCAGUAUCACCAUAUCUAUAAAUCAGUUUAUUUUUUUUCGAAUUUUGGUUUCAAAUGAGCAAAAGCGUUAUUCUGUUUUAGUAUUUCUAACAUGACGCUGCUUAAUAUCUUUGUAGUCUUCACAAAUCGUGCACAAAUUGUGAAACCAGAUCGAGAUAUUCAUAUUAUUAUCAGGAAUUUGUAAGGAGAUGCAAAGACGUCCUUACAAAUUCCUCCUUUUUUUUUUCUCUUUCAAAAAAAGAGAACUUAUUGUCAAUAACACAAACUGCCAAAUAUGUCAUUCUUAUGGGUUUUGUGGAUCGUACCAUGCUUUUUUUUAAUGAAAUUUCCGAUAAAUGAA